GAAGAAAUCCUAAAUGGAAAUAUUGCGGAAAGAUAGAAGCGAAAUCUGAAAAUAUUUUUAAGGCAAAGAAUGCUGUUAAGCCUCCUGAGGAAGACAAGGAGGAUCCAAAGAAGAAAGAAUAUAUAGGCGGUCCAAUUAAAAUCAAAAUUAAUUCAGAUGAAAAAGAGAAACAAAUUGAUGUCUAUUCUCAGAACGAGGCAAAAAAAUAG